UAAGCUGUGUGAAUUGUACGCAGUAGUUUGAUAAUUUAGCAAUGGAUGAAGGGUAUAAGAAGUUAAUCGAACGACAUCGGGAUAAAUUUCGUCGUGCAAUUACGGUGGAAAGGCUUUUGUCGCCCUUGGUAGUCAGCCAUGUUGUCAGCGCGGAGGAAGCACAAUCCAUUCAGAGCGAACAUCCUGCUCAACGCGUGGAUCGUUUGCUGGAUGUCAUUCAGAGAAAGGACCAUGAGACAUUCAAGAAAUUCUGUGUUGUUUUGGAGACGACAUAUCCGUACAUGCUAAACUGUAUGUUUCUCGGAGUAGAGCCUCCGACAACAUCAGGUAAAAACGUUCACGGCUAAUGUAAACAUGUCAGCGUUUUAGGAUUUUUUUUUAACGACUCCACAUUUCUUGCUCGCAUGAAAUGAUUGCUUUUCCCAGAUGAGGUUAUUUUAGGUAUCGAAAACAAGUGUUCCUAGCCAUUAAGGUACAGUUAGUGUAAUCUUGUUUUGACGACUUUUUUAUGAAGCAGCUGUUUGGUGUGUGGAUGCUGCGUGGGAUAUUUUUGGUGGUGAUUUUAUUCUCCAGCGAAAGCGCUAUUUCUUAUAUUUAUUUCUCAUUUAGUCGGCUUUAACCGUUUUCUCAUUUAACUCCAAUAGGUUUAAUACACCUUCUUGUCCUUCUUGUUUUUUUAAAACUGAAAAUUUAAUAGAAAAUGCUUGAUGCGGAAAUCCAAAUUUGUUUGUCGCUGACGUGAAAGUGGCAAGUUUGCUAUGCUUGUAGGUGGCCUCGCACGCAAAGGGUUUCGUUGUUUUCUUUGGUUACAUUUUCCUUAGGUCAUUUUCGAGAAAAAAAAUUUACAGUUGUUGUGAAGUACAAGCACACGAUUCCUUUAUUUUGUGACAAAUGAUCUCACGUUUUCCGGAGGUAACUUCAAUAUUUUUUGUUACAUGAGAAGCUUUAUAUGUGAUGCCUGAAAAAUUUUACCCAGCUAAAUUUUCGGUGAGAAAAGGCUUUUCUAAAGAUCUACCACAGCAUUGUUAGCAACAAAUUAUCAAAUUUUGUGUACAGCAAAGGAAGAUCCUAUAUAUAAUUUUAAUUUAAAAUUGUGUGAUGGCAUGUGUUCUGCUGCUAAAACAGUCACGUCAUAUGAAUCGAAUGGCUGAUAUGUCAUCUGUCGAUUUGUUGUCUUACUCCUGUAGUUUCGCAACACAUCAGGAACGAUCAAGGGAAAACAGGAGAUACCAACGAAGACACUACUCGCCACAUGCAAUGUAAGUACCUAAAAAACCAUGCUUUUCUUUGUAUUAAAAAAAAGACAGAAAUUAUGAAAGAGUGGUUUGUUUCUUUUAUUGAAUGUUUUCCCCCAAGGCAAAAUUCGAUCCCCCUUUGUUACAACAAACAUAAUUGUUUUGGCCAAUUUCCCAACUUUGGGGUAACGGCUCACACGAAAACAACCAGAAAAAAAUUCUCUGGGUGCCCAAUGUGCAGUGUGGAUAUUGAUGGCUUGUUUUUCAAAAGCGUCAGGUCCGAUAAUUAAUUUGAUAUUUGCUUUUCUGUGUGAACUUUUGGCAGCUCAUACACAGACAGAUCUUUGUGCAAAUGAGCUGGCUUUUUACUGUGGUUGAGCAUUUUAUACAUUAAUAUAUUUAACUGCUAUAUUGGUUAAUCAAUCAAAGUCAUUGACCAUGACCCUAAAGUGUAAGCUAAACUUGGCAGUAUGAAGCGCUCACAAAAACAACUUGUUUUUCAAGAUUAAGGACAACUUGUUUUUGAGUUUCAUCCCAAAUGUUGUUCUUCCUUAUGGACAGCUGUAGAAUGAAUAUCUGUUUAGUCGCUCACAAUCAUUAUCAAGAUCCCCAGUAUCAUCUGGCUGUAUACAAUGAUGAUUGCUUUUGAUUCACAUCAGAGGUACAGUUGCUUUACAGAUACUAACAUUUUUGUUAAUUUACUGAUAGGCAUUGGUUCAUCUCGGCGAGUCAAUGUAGGCCGUAGCACAAGCAUGACUGGUCAUGAUCUUUGUAAAGAUCGUGUGAUUGGCCUGAAAAACGAGUUGAGGGCUGUUAAGCGUGACUUGGAAAAGGUUACAGCACAGUUGCAUGAGACGGAAGCACAGAGAGAUGCGUUCAAAAAAAUGAUUGAUCAUAAAACUGGUGACCGGUUACACAUGGAGGGUAACCCAAAUUCCCAAGGAAGUGAAAGAGACAAUGAUUAUGACAUUCUAAAAAAACAAUAUAUUGAUAACUUAAGAGAGCUAGAGAUGUUACGAUAUGAACAUUCUGACAUUUCUGCUAAAUAUGAUUCUGUUUGUCAGCAGUGUGAAAACAGUAGAAAGUAUAAGAUGUUGUUUCAAACCUUGCAGAGAAGGGUUGAUGAGAUGAACCUUGAGCGUGAUAAACUCAAACAAGAGUACGAGGAAAUUGUUUUGUUGAGGGAAAGAGAAAAAAUUGAACUUAUUGAAAUGAAAGACAAUCAACAAUAUGAGGAGUAUUUAAACAGCCAGUCAGGAAAUAAAAGUUUUGAAAAAUAUGAGACACAUCAGAAAGACCAUGAAAGCCUUCAAGAUGUUCAUCGUGAGCUCAGGUCAGAGUAUAACCAUCUGUUUAAUAGUUUUCAAAACUUGGAAUCGGAUUACUCCGCAUUGAAAAUACAAUUUGAUGGCUUAAUUCAUGAGCGAGAUUCUCUUAUCAUAGAGCGCAAUGGACUUAAACAACAAUCUGAGGCUGCAGUCAAAAAGUAUGAAAAAGCGAUGAAGGAUUGUGAUACUGUGGUUAAAAGGUCGUUCCAAGAUAAACAACAACUGGAACAGCAGUAUGAUCUGGCUCGGAGAGAAUGUGACCAAGUCAUGUCUCUUCAGGUGAAAACAGCAAAAGAUAUUACAAAGUUAACAGAGGAGAGGAAUGCCGCUUUGAAUGAGUAUCAGUUGGUAAUGAGUGAAAGAGACACAGUUCAUAGAGAAAUUGAAAAACUUCACGAUGAGCUUACUGAUAUGCGAAAGACAAAUGAAAGUUUACAAAAAGAUUAUUCAAAACUGCAGAAUCACUUUGACGACACACAAGGAGAGAUGUCCCUUCUGGUUGAAGAAAGAGAACAAGUUGCUAAAGAGGCACUUAAGCUCAAAGAAAGGCUUAGCCAGGCAUUACUAGAGAAAGACAGCCUUGUCAAAGAACGAGACAAAGUUAGAGAAGACUGUGAAAUGUUUAAACAGGAAAGGAAUGUUGCACGCAGAGAACGUAGUGAAGCAAUCAUCCAUAGGGACAAAAUUUUGAAAGAAUGUUUUGAGAUCAAACAGAAGCAUCAGCUUGUCCUAAAAGGAGAAAAUGAAGUUGAAGCUCUGAGAAGACAGUUUGAAGUUCUUUCCAAAGAACUAACAGAUGCAUUGCAUGAUGUUGAAGUUGUGAAAAUGAGAAGAGAUUGGGCACUAACAGAGAGGGACAAGGUUAUCCAGGACAGGGACUCUCUAAAAAUCAGGUUUGAUAAGAUGCAACGAGAGCGCGAUCGUGCUGUAAGCGACCUUGCUGAACUUUUGCAAGAAUCUGAUCAUAUUCGAAGGAAACAUAGUGAAGCUGUGGGUGAGCUUUUGGAGUUGCGACAGCAUAUUGAGUCCCAGCUGAAGCAAGGCAACCUUCCUCAGGAACUUGUAUCGAGCAGAGAUUCUGCCAUUGACACUGAUUCCAACGUAAGUGCUCUGUUAUUUAUCCUAAUCUUUCUGCUCUCCAGAGCACCCCAUAGUUAAUAUUUUAUCUUGCAAAAUACUGCCAAAUACUUUGUGGUUGAUUACACACUGUUUUAAAAAGUGUAUAAUAGAUAGUCAUACCAAUGAUAGGUUACAUCCAUAGUGAUCUAUAUUUAAAACUUAGGUUUCAUGCAUGUCUCUAUAAAAGAUAGGAGAAGUGUGACAUCAUGCUACCAUGGCAGCACUAUUUCUGGAUGACAACAAAACCAACGAUGACGGUGACGCCAAGGAGAACGGCAAAAAAUAAUAUGUUUAUAUCAACAAAAACAACAACUUUGCACGUGCAUCACGUUAUUUUGUACAUUUCUUUUCCGUCAUUGUACCACUAUGACAUGGAACUUCCCAAUUUCACAAGCCCGCUUUAUGGAGUAGGUGAACACAACACAAAAUUUUUCUCAACUUAAAUAACGAUAGACAUGGCCUCAAAGAAAAUUUCGCCAAGAUUUGCCUAAUUAAAUGAAAUUGAAUAAGAUCGGUGAAGUUUGAAAUAGUGCGAAUAGACCUUUAAGUGACAUUUUUUGAUUGUUGUCAUCCAAAAUUUUGCUACUAUGGCAACGUGAGGUAACGACUUCUCCUCUCUAUUGAAGGGGAGACUGGAGUAAAGCCCUAAGCAACUUCUGAUGAACUGCUGCACUUUGAAAGGAGACCACUACCGAAACAUGUAGACGGUGAAUUCAACAAUACAGUCAACUCUCUUUAAGAAGGAUUCCUUUGGGACCGGCACUAAGUGUCCAUCUUAGAGAGAUGUCCGUCUCAUAUAAAGUCAAAUGAAGGGGGUAAAGAAAGGCAGGGAGUGACCAACUCUAGGUGUCUGUUUUACAAUAUGCACAUACAAAUUCUCCAAACUGAUCUCCUUACAUUUUAUUAAAGGAUGUGUUGAGAGAAUUUGGUAAAAGAUCAAGACAUUUUCUCUUUGGUGAUCAUUUUAUUAAUUCUCAUAACCUAGUCUCUUGACAGUGUAUGGAUAUCAUUAGGAGAAAAUUGAUGUUGGUCACCACUUGGACUUAAAGGGUUAAGAGAGAGUUGACUGUUUAUGUGGCCGUUGAUUUUGGCAUCAGACAUUAACGUCUUAGCUCACUUGGCUUUGUAUGUCAAACAAAAAAGGUAAACUCACAUGGUCAGUUGCUGGUUUCAUUGUUCGCACAUCAAAGUUAAAAAGCACUUGAAGGCUGCAACUAAAAGCACUUUCUUCAGUUGACUCUCCAUGAAUAAAUUUGUCCUUUUUGGUUGAGGUAGAACACCAUUGUUCAACUUGGCCUACCAAAUGCUAGUGGAUGUGACCACGUGAGUUCACCUGUUUGAUUUGACAAACAAAACCACUUGACAUAUGUUUGCCGACAAAAUCAGUUGUCAGGCAAAUCUCUGGAUUCGUGGUCUACCUGUUUCUUUAGGAAGUAUUUGCCUAUUGGAGAGUAAAGCAUUGAAAAGUUAAUAAACCAGAAUACUCACCUGAUCUGGAAAGAAAAUCUUUUGUGAUGGAAAGAGGAGUUUUUCUUUUUAGGGCAUUAGUCAAUUACCUGACUCUCCUCAGUUGCUGAUUUUCGUUCCUGAUAAAGAAACACUUUUCAAUGAAUUUUCACAUUCUUCUUAAUUCCGACUUACAGUAAAAUAAUGUGAUGAAGAAGUGGUUCUGGACUAGUGCUUCUAGCCAGGGUAAAAUUGCAGCAACUAACAUGGCCUUCAAACAGUGACAUAAGACUCAAUGAAAUGGCGAUAAAGGAGGCGAAGGUUGGUUCAAUACCAACAGGGAUAUGGCCUACUCCUCAGAACACAAAACAGCCAUAAUUAUUUGAAAUUCAGACUAUGGACAUAUCAUAGCCUCUUUUCAAGAGGGCCUCUAUAAUGCUUCCUUAAAGCCAUGUCACAUGCUGGACAUUUACCAUUACAGAGCCCUGUAUCAUUGUGCCCUUUGUUUAUGGUAAUACAGUGUGAAAUGUUAGUUAUUCAGUCACAGUAAGGGGGUGUUUUGUCUGGCUGCAGUAGUGUUUACUUAAAUUGUUUUGUCUUCCUUCUUCUAGGAAUGGGAAACAGAAUCUGUUGUUUUAGAAAGGGUGAGUUCUUUCAUUUUUAAGAGUGUUCUGUUGUUUAUUUGAGCUAAAAUAUAGGAUCAUAAUAAAUCAGACAACUGAAAACAGCUUCAGGGAUAAUAAACUCUAUGAAAUAUGAAAAUUCUGGGUGGCUUUUUGAAAUACAGUGGAAAAUACACCUUAUAUCCCUACCUCUGUUAAGUGAAUGCCUAUCUAAAAAAAACGAAUCAGUAUUUCCAGUCAAGGUGUUAUACAUGCACGGGGGGAACCUCUUCUAAGCCACCACUUUGAAUAAUUAUUAAUAAGUGACUACAAGAUCUUUGCAUUUACUUAAAUAGGAGUUUGUCUAUGAUAGGUUUGACCCUAUCAGUGUUUUUGGUACAUGUUUUAAAUUCUGGCAUUAAAUGUGAUUUCAGAUGAACAUUGAUGAUGAUCUUGGUAUUGCUAUUGCUGGUGGGACAGACACUCCAGCCAUCCCCAAUGAUAGCUCCAUUGUAAUAACCAAUGUUGCAAAAGGCAGUAUAGCAGAUGGCAAGCUUAGGUAGGAUCACCUUCAAGUCUUAAAAGUGCAACAGAAAAACCAACAUCACACUUAAUUCACGUGUUUUUCUGUACCUGACUCUGAAGUUGGUCUCAAGUGUUCUUAAGUGAUUCGACACUUUACUGCACUCUAUCUUUUUUUAUUUUCUAUGAAGAGAGUACUGUAUGAGUAUUACUACUUCUCCUUCAAUGGGAUGCCACACCCAUCAAAGGGUACCCUGUUUUACCUCUAUAAAGUAUACACCCCUUUAUUAUGGACAGGUUACUAGUCCCAAAGAUACCAACUUUAUACAAUCCCUAUCUCUAUAGUGAUCUCUUGUAUUAUCUGAUCAGAAUGUCUGGUUUCCCUAUGUAAGUGGUAAGAACCCCCUGGUUAACUCAUUGUAUGAAAUGAAUUAGGGUUAUGAAAUAAGGUCUCUUGUCUAACAGUCAAACCGAGAAAACUGUGAACACCAGAAAUAUUUCUGAAAUGUUAUUGUGUUGUAAGAAAAAAGUUAAUCAGGCAUUUUAGAAAACUGAACUGCAAGCAAGAGCGUUAAUUAGUUUGUGGUUUUGUGGCUAGUUCGCAUGUCCUGAUCUUUGCUGUGAUUGGUCAUAACACAACAAACAUUCCUGAGAUAUUUCAAGUGUUCACAGUUUUCCCAACCGCACUAUAAAAAGGGUACUGAAUUGAGUAAUUUUUGUCUUAAACAAGGUCAGGGUUUUUAGGGCCUCAGCAGCACAUGACUGUACCUCUACCCAUACUCCCCCUUGGGUGCUCCUUACUUCCAACCCCCACGCAAGGGUUGAUACAGAUUCACUUAAUGUAGAUUUGAUUUUAGGAACAUGGCUGUUUCCAGCCUAGAUGGAUCUGAUGCCUUUUUGUCAAAAUGUGGCUUGUUUUAUCCACUCUGAGGUGUUUGCUCCUGCAUGCUCCAGUUGAACCUCUCUACAAUGGCCAUCUUGGGGACAGAAGAAAGUGGUCAUUGUAGAGAGGUGGCUGUUAUGGAAGUUCGACUUUAGUCUGUUAGAGGGUUAACCAUGUCCAAAAAAAAAAUUAUGAUGAAAUAUAACAACAUGUCUCAAAUUUUUCUCCUUGUUUAUUAACUAAUAAGUUUAUUUUUUCUAUUUUUUUGCACCAGAGUGAACGAUUGUGUUUUGAAAGUGAACAACAUCGAUUUAACAAAUGUCAAGUAUUGUACUGCAGUGCAAGCUAUCAGCAGAGGAGAAGUUGUCAACAUGGUUAGUGAAUUUCAUUUGACCAAAAUUUGCUCUUUUAUUAAGAAUCAGGGUUAAAAAUACUGUACUUUUUGAGUACAGUGGUUGUUGCAGCAGUCUCAAGUGUUACAUGUAGCUGAUACUACAUUAAUUGCAUGGCUGACCAGUUGCUUGAAACAGUAAAUGUUUAUGAUUUUUUUUAUGUUGAAAACUGAACAGUCUUAAUUUUUAGUUGUUGUCUGAAACUUCUGCAGCUAUAAGAAAAAUAUAUGUAACUUGAUCCAGUGAAAAAACCGUACCAGCGCUGGCUUUUACAAUUAAUUUUAUUUACAGGGUCAAAGAAAACAACUUGAUAAAUGAGUUUUAUCAACCAAGUUUGAUACCUCAAACCAAUGUUUCAAGCACUAGCCCUUCAAUUUAAUCUAAUUAAAGGGGAUAGCACUCUCAGCUUUUUUUAUGGUGGGUAAUCAACGUUUAUCAAUUUAGCUGUCAGCUAAAACUGUUCUGUUUUUAGUAUUUUUUAGCAGUGACAAAGGAAAAAUAGCUGGAACAGAAUAUAUAACUUCAAUACACAUUUUCCCAUCAAUACAUCUGGAAGUUAUCACCACUAACUGAUUAUAAUGCUUCAUCUUUUGUUAUUGUAGACAGUGAAGAGAAAGAGGUCAACGGGUUUGCGACCCUUGCUGGUCCCAGUCAGCUUGAUGCUGACAAACAACAGAGGUAAAGGGACAAAAAACAUUGUUAUGGAAUAUCUUUCAAAGAAUUUUGAGUUUGCAAAUAUGAGUUUUAUGCUCAGAAAACAUAACAAUGGAUAUAAAGAACGUGAUCAAAAAAAUUUAGCUGGUGCCGGCAACAUUUUGAAAGCUGUUUUAUGUGGGGAAGAUAGGAAGUUGGAUAGAUGGCUGUAUAAAAGUGUCACCUUAAAUGGCAGUUUCUCAGUAAAAGACACUAUAACUGUAAAGGUCCAAAUACCUAUAUAUAAGUACAAAAUUUGUUAUUGCAAGGUGAUAUCUACGUUUCCGUGAAAUAAGAAAAGUAUAAGAGAUGUAGAAAACUACCUUCAGUUGAUUGCUAUGGAUAAAAAAUGUUUAUAACAAGGCAAAAGUUCAUAACAAGUGCUUCAUACAUGUACUAAAUUUUUCCUCAUUGUUGUGUCUUUCAGAGAUGGGAAUUAGAGUCGACAGUGAAAAUCACAUCAGCUCCAUAGUUCCUGGUAGUGUUGCAGCUGAUGAGGGAAGAAUUGCCGUUGGGGACAAAAUUAUUACUGUAAGAAGAGUUGUUACAUUACACACUUUAUGUCAGAUCUGGAGGGAAACAGUUAGUUUGGUUUUCCCGAGAGUCCUGAUGUUUUCUGAGAUGAAGUCGAGGGAAACAUCAGGACUCUAGGGAAAACAAAACUAACUGGUUUCCCAAGGGACCUGACAUUAAGUCUUUUGUUAUAUUUCUUUACUUUCAAUUCAACGUAUUUCAGCAGCAGCAAAAGAAUACGCUUUAGUGGAGCAAAUCAAAACAGUCGACUUGGUACUUAUAAGAACACAAAUUUAAUUCUCAAAACCACUGAAUGAAUGAUUUACAACGUACUUUCCUUAUACUAUCUGCAUCUUUUUCCUCCACUAGCUGUUUCUCUUCUUAGGAUAACUUUGGAAAUCGUUACUUUUUAGCUUGAGGUUUCAUGUUUAUGUUGUUGUGUUCAUUCACUAAAAAGAAAACUGGCAGUGUUUUUCCCGCCUUCUGUCACACCACUUUCCACCAUGCCUUGAUCAUGUGCUGUAAUGUAUCCUGAGCGUGGUACAUUGCUUAAUGUAUCACGAUCGGAAUGCAUUUGAUUUUAGUCAAGGCCAUGUGACCAAGAAUCAGCCAAUGACUGUCCCUGUUUAGUUGAGUGAAAGUCUAGGAAUAAAAUUAUAACUGUUGGUAUUGUUGUAUGGCCUGUUUACUUGGCAUGUAGGCUUUAAAUCCAAAAAGGAAAACUUGAUCCAUACGUUACAGUGCAUAUUAUUGUAGUCAAAACUCUUGUGAGCAACCACCUUGGGAAUCCAUUAAAUUGGUGGAAACUAGAGCUGGUUGUUGACAAGAGUGGGUUAUCAUAAAUGACCUUGUGAUAAACUUACUAAGGGCGGCCACUAGUGAAAGAUCUCAGCAAGAAUUAAGGUCAAAUAUACUAUGGAAUUUUUUAUUUUUCAUUACCUAUCACUUUUGAAGUUGAUGAACUGCUCUAGAGGGCUUUUACUAUGUAUUACCCUAAAUUUGAUAAAACAAGUUAUGGUGUCAUUCUUGCGUCAACUGAUUUGUUGCUAAUAAGAACUGAACAGCAAAGGAAAAGACCUCCUCUCUAGAGGUUUUCGUUGCAGAGUUAUAGCUGGGGGGUUACUUGGGUCGAUUUUUGCUGGGUAUGUGCCGCUGGCCUCUCAGAACCCCUACCCCGUUGUAGUCUAUUCUGUGGCCAAUAAUCGACCCCAUUUUAGUCACUUUUGGGCAAAUGUAAUUUUUGUAAUCCCAACUAAGUCACUUUAAGCUCAUGCAUAUACUUUAUAGACACAUUCAUUAAUCUGAAUGUAGUAAAAAUAUUUCUAUUUUUCAUCCCUUCUUACCAGAAUUUUCUUACCUCCAAAAUUUUGAAAAUGUGCAACCCCAUUUUAGCUACUCUAUUGAAAAUGCAACCCCUUAAUAGUCAAUAAUUAGUUGUGAAAAGGUGACCCCAUCCAACAACACAUCCCCAUUAGCCUAUUACUGGGAAGUCCUCUCCCCAGGAGUUUAAGUCAUAGUUCAAGUGGGGUUUCACCAUGCUAUUUGUAACUAGAGUUGCUCACAAGGAUAGCGUUGACUUUUUAUUUGAUAAACUUGAUUAUUUGUAGAUAAAUGGAACAUCAGUUGAAAACCUUAACCAGUCUGAAGUGGAAAGUCUUUUGUCAACAAGUCUUCUCAGCCUCACUGUCCAAAAGCUGUCAACAACUUCAUCACGAACACAAGUGCUUCAGUCACUACUUGAAGAAGUUAAUGACAGAAUUAACAGGGAAAAUGACAUAUGUCGCAAGGCUCAGCUUACUAAGGAACGAAUUACAAACUCAGGAAGUUUAAGCGAGCUCCAACAAGAGUCGUCAUCUGCUUAUUUCUCAGGGAAAAGUUCUCCACUGCCUGAUGAUCAGAUGUCAUCAACACCGGAGUCUAUAUCUGAACCAGUGUUGCAGUCAUUAUCAUCACUGACACCGCUGUACGAAGAAAAUCCAGAAAUGUUAAAUAGAAAGCAAACUGACUCUAGCGGUGAUUUGUCCACCGAGGAGGGGAGUGCUUCACCUCUUGUUGCAUCAUCUGCGGGUUCAAACAAACGCAGCCAAGCAUUCGUUAAGUUGAGAAAAUCAUUAGUUCGCUCCAGCCCGUUUACACAGUCACCACGUCUUUCUAUGCCUGUACAACUGACAUAUAAGGAGCGCCCUGUCCCUCCCAUGAGAAGCUGUUCUUACAUGUCGGCCAUCACGUCACCACCGCAGGGUGAAGAAGACAAUGUACAUUCUCAGGAAGAUGAUGCGCCCACAUUUUCACCCCCUCUAGGGUCUACUGCUCAUUAUCCUUCAAAUUAUUUUCAUGACUCUUCCGUAGUAAAUACAUCAAACACUGUGGUAACUCGUAAAAAGACUGAUUCACAUUUCCGUGGUUCCCGUCCCCAGUCGGCACCUUCUUCAAGACAACACCAGAUUGCUCUAGGAAGCAGUCCUGGUUCAUCUGGUUUUGGGCGCUAUUCAUCUAGUCAUGAAGAUCCUUUUGCACUGACUCCACCCCGACCAAAUUCCUCAACACCUCCUGCGACAGUUGCUGUGCUGAGGUCAACAAGUGUACCAUAUUAUACCGCUAAGAGCCGUUCAGUGCAGAGUUGCGAAGGGCUCCCUGCUGUUAGUCAGCAGUGUUUACCAGUGCAGUGUGAUAGAAAGCAGAAGAAAUCAAGACUAAAGACAGACCCUUUUGGGAAAGGCAGGCAUAGUCGACAGGGCUCUUCUCAUAGUGCAGAUGGGGAUAGCCGCAACAGGCAGUGCUUGUCAAUGUAUGACUAUGACACACCUUCAAAAGCAAAACGCAGACCUCAACGAAUCAAUCUACCCACAUCAAGAGCACGUGUGACAUCUUACCCCAGUGCUGGAACAUCUAGCUACUGUAGCAGUUCAGUGAGCUCAACAUACUCUAUCUCAUCAGGUCACACCACCCCUGUUGUUAUUCCUUCAACUCCUAUUGUCCCAGCUACGGAAACAGGUCCAGCUCUUGCAUUUGACUUCAGUAACCCACCUGAAUCAGGGGAAGAUCCUUUGAAUAGGUAAACAGUAUUGUUCUGUUCUCUCUUCACUUUGCUUCAUUAACUUUUUUUUGUUCUCAACAUUUGACUUCUGUUAUAUUGAUGCAUUUUGAUUGUGAUUUGUAUUUAUAUGCUAUAAUAAGCAUUAAAAAAGUGCUGUAUCCGCUUCAAAAAAGAGUGGUGUUAUAGUACCACCCACCCUUCCUGCCAUUGUGAAAAGGUCUGACUGUUUUUCUUAUUGGGGAAUGUAAAUUUUCUGGUUCCUGAAUGUUGGAAGGCAUCUCCAACUGAGAAGUUACCUUUUUUUUUGUUUUCAGGGAUUAUGAACCACGCCUGGUGACGAUUGAAAAGAAAGACACUCUGGGCAUUUCCAUCGCCGCUGCCUGCCAGGGUGGGGUAUUUGUUUCCUCAGUCAAUGAGGGAAGUGUGGCUGCCAAGGCUGGACUGAAAUGCGGUGAUCAGCUGUUAGAGGUACAUGUGAUUCCAGAGUUGCUACUAGCUUACAAGAACUGGCAAAAAGAUUAAUGGAGACACUUUGUCCUCAAUGACUUUUGUCUUUUGAAAGAUGUGAUGUCAUAAGCUUGAGGCAAGACAAAAUCUUGAGUCACUGACAGGAUUUGAACCUGUGUCUUCCCAAACACCCUUUUCGUUGUUAUGAACCUACCUUGCCCUCCGUAAGUCUCUUGUACCACCCACCUGGAGUGAUUAUAUAUGUAGUAAUAAUUUGAUUAUUCUGGAUAUCACAAAAAACUAAUCCAAUAUUAAUUAUUUGUUUUACCCUUUAUUGUUUUGAAGAAAAUAACUACAAUGUUAUUAUUAAAAACUGAAUCAUUGGAUAAUGCAAUUCCAGAUCUCUGAUUGGCUUAGCCUUCAUGGUAUAUAUAGAGGAUAUUACACGGUGGCGCGAAGAUAUGAAUUUUAUUUUCGAUGUGGCAAAACAAUAUUUUAUGAACGAGCACAGCGAGUGAGUAAACGAUUGUUUUUGCCACGAGAAAAUAAAAUUCAUAUCUUCAAGCCGCCGUGUAAUGUUCUUUUUAUUAUAUAGACAAAAAGACAUCGAUAAAAUAAUAGAGGGAAAUGACCGAAAUUACGUCAUCGAUAAACUCAUGUGUGAGAUUAUGGAAAAUAAACCACUCGUGUCCCGGAUGUAGUUUUUAUGAAUUUUACGAGUGGUAUAUUUUCCAGUAAAACACUCGUGUCUAUAUAAUAAGAACCAUUAUACCAUGCUCUUCAAAUCUGGACAUGUAACACCUUUUGACAUUCUUGAAAUCUUCUCAGAAAUCAAGCAAUGCAUGCGGGCAUAACUUACAGAUUAGUCAGUACUAACUGACUGUAGGCCAGUAAUCUGUGGGUUGCUCUGAUUUCCCAAAAUUAACUGUAUGCUCUUAGCCAAUGAGAAGACAGAUGGCGAAUACAAUGUAUAAUUGUGGGCAACAGGAGGAUCUCGUAAUCUUAAUCUCCAGGUUGCUAUUAUGCAUGCUUGGCACAGAUGUAGCCAUCAUUCAUUUAGACUUCCACUAAGAAUGAAUGGAAUGCAUAGAACGCAGUCUGAUCACACACGUUUCUACCUUAUAUUAUUCGUUACCCGAUCACUUGUGUUUUGACCGUCUAUGAUCUGAAAUUUACACAAGCAUUUUGACAUCUAAUCAAAAGCCUGCACUCCUUAACCUUUGGAUAUUACUAGUAAUAAUGCUCAUCUGUGUCCAUGUAGUACAACGGUGUCAACCUCAGAUGUGCAACUUACGACCAAGCAGCAAUGAUUCUGAAGCAGUCAGGCAACAGUGUCACCAUUCUGGCACAGUUCAAUCCCGAGAAAUUCAAAGACACUACAGAGUCAUUAUCCAGCCAAUCAGAAGCAACCACUACCUGCAGCACACCAAUCAACAGAAAGAGACGAGGAAGCAGCAACACUCCACCAAUCAGAAGAAACGGUGAAAUUCUACCAAUCAUUGAUAACGAACCCCCGGGAGAUCUACGUUAUGUAUUCUUCACAAAGAGUCCAAGCUCAUUAGGUUUCAGCAUUGCUGGUGGGAAUGCCAUGGGGAUUUUUGUAUCUGAAAUUCAGCCUGAUGAUACUGCUGCUAAUUCGUCUGGGCUCAAAGUUGGAGAUCACAUUUUAGAAGUAAGAAUAUGAAAUACUAAGGUGAUCUUUUGCUCUCUAAAAUUUGCCGUCCAGAGCUUUUAAAGGGACUAUGUUAUGAGAAUAUCUCUGUUUAUUCAGAGCCUAAGUUCUGUCACAUCAUGCCAAUAUUAGGGGAUUUGCACUGGCUACCUGUGAGGCAGUGCAUUGAUUUUAAGAUCAUUAAAUAAUAUGGCCCAUUUUUAUCUUUCUUCUCUUAUCUGUGUUGUGACACCUUCAUAUUACAGUCUUCGCAGUGUUUUUGAUGGAACUUUACUUGGCUUUCCUCCAAUGAAAUCAUCAAAGAUCGUUGAAGAUUGCUCUUUUAUGUUUGCUGCCCCAAAGUUGUGGAACAACCUACCAUGGGACAUAGGACAAGCGCGAAUCUGUAAUGUUUAAAAUUACACUGAAAACAUUUUUAUUUUCCCAAGUUUUUUCAUGACUACCCAGGUUCUUAAUUUUUAAUAUUGCAUGUACUUACGAAUUUCUUUAGAACUUCUGUGAAGUGCAAUUGAGCAUGCAUAUUGAAAUUGCGAUAUAUAAGGGACUAUUAUGAUGAUGAUGAUGAUGAUGAUUAUCAUCUUAGGCAAUUCUAUACUCUCAUUACUUAGUUCCUUUAGCCUGAGAAAACAGCUGACAUUUCGCGAAGCCACCACGGUUUCCCUGUGAAAUGACAUCUGAGAAACGAGCGCAGAAAUUCCAUACUGAUGACAUGUCACUACCCAGAUCUGGGUAGUGCUUCUGAUUGGCUAAAAAUUUUCUGCAACCAAUCAGAAUACCCAGAUCUGGGUAGUGCUUCUGAUUGGCUAAAAAUUUUCUUCAACCAAUCAGAAUCACUACCCAGAUCUGGGUAGUGACACAUCAUCAGUAUGGAAUUUCUGCAUUCGUUUCUCAGACGUGAUUUGGCAGUGAAAACAGUGGUAGUGUCGUCAAAUGUCAGCUGUUUUCUCAGGCUGUGACAAAACUGGACGAUUAUUUUUGGAUAUCAACUUAUGUAAAGAACGAUUUACCCUUUUAAACAGAUUGCCAAUAGUGUGAUCUAAACCUUUUAUAAAUUAUUAUCCUCUGUUAGUUGGUAUGAAAGUUGAUUUUGGUUUUCAUUCUUCGUUACAUACCGUUAAUUAACCUUAUUUUUCAGCUGAAUGGUGUAGAUCUGACAUCAGUCACUGCAGAGCAAGCGAUGCUAGAGUUAUGUAAACCCACUGAAACAGUCCAGAUACUGGCGCAGUUUAAUCCCACAAGUAAGUUUAGUAUUUUAUCAAUGUAGCCAGCAUCAAAAGGGUAGAAGAUCUUUUCUCCCUCGACAUCCUCUCUUUGCGUAUGCCAUGCAUCAUUCUAUUUGAACAGAGGUGAUUUCCAUUGCUUUUAACUUGUUUCUGGACACCUAUUAAAAUUUUUGUACAGUUUAGUCCAAGAUCUGGCUGAUAUGGAACAGUUUUGCAGCCCUAUCAAAACUACAACAAUGGACAAAAGUCCUGGGGACAGUAAUGCAAUAUUCAUAUUUUUCUUUCAUUCUGGGUUUCCUCAUAAAACAGUGCAUCCUUUUCGAAUUUUUCUUGCUGUUCUCCCUCCCCCCACCCUAUACGAUGUUGAAACUCAGAAAAAGUUCUGGAUACACGUGUCCAACAUUGUUUGUGGGGUGAAGGGAGGGAUUGGGCCUGUGUGAAUUGGAAAACGCCCAGAAAUGUAAAAGUGUCCCAAGACUUUAGUCCAUGAUUAUAGGCUGCGAAUAACACCAAACGUCACCACUGUGAAGGGAUUCGGAUGAGUUCUAAGAGCUUUGUGUAGCUCUCAAGAACUUGUUGGUGAUGAAGAAUAUUUCUCUGUGUUAAUAGUAUUUUGUUUGUAUAAACAGGAGAGAAUUUGCUUUCCGUCCAGCUAAUAUAAUAACAUUUUAUUCUUUUGCCUUCUUAUUUAUUUAGAAUUCAAUUCCCUGAGGGAUCAACCAGGAGACUCCUUCUACGUCAGGUAAUAUAAAUCAUGUAAAAAUGAAAUGAUCAGUAUGUCACGAGCGUGGGACCAAGAAAAAAUCUGAAUCCCUGACAGGAUUCAAACCCAUGACCUCCCAAACACCGGGUGGGCGCUCUAUCCCCUUGAGCUACGGAGAACUCAUGGAGAGCGAGACCAUAUACUAGGUUCAUAUUUGACAUGCGUCCUGCAUACUGAUAGGAUCAGCAAUGUCAAUGUCGCACUGUGUGGUGAAAGAAUGAAAGAUGGUAAAUUUUAAGGUCAGUGAAACAAAUGUGAAAAUGAAGUGAUCAGCACGUCACGAGCGUGGGACACCUAAAUCAUCUUCAGAAUUUUCCUACCUGUUUCGCGUGGAAUCUAGUUCUAAUCGUAAUACAGUAAAAACGCACGACAAAGAACCAAAUUAGCCUAAACAAGUUCUUAGGUAAGUGGUAAUUAGCACAACUUUAGGCUAUUUACAUGCAGGUUCUUAAACAGGUUCUUAGUUUUUGAAGGAAAAAACAUUGUAGCUAAUUGUUUUUAGUGGUAUUCAGCUUAUCCCUUGUAUAAAAUUUGCAUACCCUUACAUGGCAGUUGGAGUGAUAAGACACCUGUGUCUCCAAGGAGGAUCCUAAAUGUUCAUUAGUUUUUUUUUGUCUUAUUGGUUUAAGUAUACAGAAUUUUUGAUAGAUUUUAGAAAGUAAGAACCUGUAUCAAAUUAUAGGCUAAACAAGUUUUGGUAUGGGGUGGGGGGGAGGGGGCAUAACUGGCAAAUUUAAACAUAACAGAUUCUUAAAAUUAGGUUCGAACUUGCUGGUUUUUACUGUAUUCCUUGUAUUUCAGGGCCCUUUUUGAUCGAAUACCGCACUCAAAAGAUGAACUAAAUUUUAAGAAGGGAGACAUUCUUUUCGUCACCGACACAAUGUACAAUGGUCACAUGGGCUGCUGGAGAGCGUGCCUUGUUAACGAAGAAGAUGCACAGAAAAGAGAUAUUGGAAUGAUACCCAGCAGAAUGAAGUAUGUUUUUAUUGUUAACCACCACAUGAGAAAUUUCUGCAAUUUGAUUGGCUUAGAGCAGUGGUAUUUCGGCUUAAUUUGAAAUACCUACUUGUGAAAAUUACAAACCGUUCGUGGGUAAUAGCAUAAACAAAUAAUGACAUUAUUUGUACGUGAUAUUUGGCAUAAAUACUACUCGUGAUAUUUCAAAAUUGUCUCAAAUUUCACUCGCCUAACGGCUCGUGAAAUUACGUACAACAAUUUCGAAAUAUCACUCGUGGUAUUUAUGCCAAAUAUCACAACAAAUCAUGCUAUUACCUAUACUAACCACCAAAGUCUGACGUUGAAAUAUCUUCUCGAGGUUCACGAGAGAUAAAUUUGCGCGAGGAAUUGCGAAGAACUGAAUUCAGUUUUCAUUUUUUGUCACUUAACAGCCUUUAUUGAAUACGAACACUACAAAUUACUUAAAACCACUACCGAGCUGCAAAACAUCCAAACAAAUUAUUUCAUUUUACACUACUUAAUCAACAGCUACUAAAGUUAAAAAAUAUCGUUAAACCUUCACAAUGCCGCCAAAGGAAAUGGAUGAAGAGAAAUUGCAACUAUAUUGAGACAAUAUUGCAUUAUUAUUAUUUCAAAAGUAGGUUGAGUUUGAUCGUCCGGGUGAACGUAGUCCUGAAGAGGACUGUUGUUGUUGACAGUGACUGACGUUUCGACAACCUGUGCGGUAGUCAUCUUCAGAGUCAAAGUGAGUUGUAUCACGUAUUAUACUCUGGUUUUUGAUCUGAUUGGUCAAUUACGUCGCGAUGUUAUUGGUCGUCUGUCAGUUAAGCCGUGAUGUUAUUGGCUAUGAAGACUCGUAAUCAGUAAUUGGUGCGUUUCGAUCCGUCUAUUGUCACAGUUAAACAGUCGUCUAUUGUUAGUCAAAUUGUCAUUCUCUCGUAGUUAGUUUUGCUUGAUCUCGUCAAUAAGUCGUUUGUUAUACAUGUCGCAGAGUCCCAGUCAAUUUGAUGUUUCGUCUUUAAAUGGUGCUCAGCAAUGUGAUUGUUGACGUCACCAUUCUUCGUCGCUCGUUUGUGUUCGGUCAGUCCCGUGCUUCGGUUUCUGCCGGUUUCGGUUUAUUAUUAUUAUUAUUAUUAUUAUUAUUAUUAUUAUUAUUAUUAUUAUUAUUAUUAUUAUAACACGCAAAGGCCUCGAGAGCGCCACGCGAGCGACUGACGUAAAGUCCAUUUCUGUUUUACUUUCAGAGCUGAGCAGGAGCUUUUGUUGCGUAGAAGCGUGGCAUUAGCGCAUGGCGAGGAUUACAAACUCACCGGAAGGCGAAGUUUCUUUCGACGUAGCAAGAAAGGCACGCAUGGCGUAGCUGUCAAUCAUUCACGAGAAGGAAGUGACUCCGCUACCAGCAUCACAACCAGUUGUCCAGGUCUGUCCUGUUUGUGUGUAUAUGAGCCCUUGUCCGGUGGGGAGGGGAAUGGAGCGCUAUCUUUUCUCUUUCCCACCCCACUCUGGAUCUUGCUACCUUCACAGGCUCAGUGUGGUAACUUUUCUAUGGAUUACAAAAAAAAACGGUUAACAUAGGCUUCCAAACUAAAACCUCAGAAAAUAAUAUCUUUCAUUAUCUUAGAUAUUGUGCUGAUCGUCACAAGAGUUAGUGGCGUAUUUGAUUCGCAACGUUUGUGAAUGUGAAAGAUAAAUUAAUUACCCUGAGCUUCAUCUCAGGAAACCUUCCAGGCGAUCAGAUUUUCUUCCUUGUUGGGAAAUUUUUUUUAGGGGGCGGGGUGGAGAGUAUGAUGAGUCUGAUAUAAAUAUUUAGAAAAAGGUCAUACGGAGCUGUCACUACCAGUAAGCUGUCUAUGUUUAUCAAAAGUAGUUUUGCGAAGUAGCCAGCUAAAUUUUACUGUGAUUUUUCUCUUCUUAUAGAUCUUGGAAUAGCGUCAUAUCAAACAGUGGAAAAACUGGACAGUGAGUACAGUAAAUUUGAAUAGAGUAACUUACGUUAUGUCAAUUUCAAGCGCGAUUAAGACAAAAUACUGAUUCCUUGAUGUUCUUACAUGUUUUUUUGCAGCUCAUAUCCAGCGAGCUGUUAUACUGUUUAGCCCGAUGGUGGAAGUGUUGUAUGAGAAACUCAGUGAGGAAGUACCGUACAAGUUUGUGCAGUGUAAACCAGGUACUUAAGCAUUACAACGCAGUUAGCAGCUGUAUACCUAUUGCAUGUUAGUUCCUCAGCUUAAAUUCACCACCAAAUUUGAGUUAACGGCCAUUUUUUCAUGUGUUCCACAGAGAUUUGAUCAUUUGUUUAUGUUGUUUUGCAAAGGAUAUUUAAUAGAGAAAUGUACUAAUAUGUAAAACGCGGAUACAGAAGCGUUUUUUCCGCUCAUUGAAUGCUUAGUUUUGUUAAUCCUGUUUUUACGUGUUCAGUUGGUCUUGUGUCUACAAUCAAAAGAGGCAAAAAACAGAUCAUGUUCUUGUUCUUGUUCUUGAAGUUUUGUUCAGGGAUUCGGAACUGGUCACCAGAUUGAGUCAAAAUUACACAGCAAAUACAAAGAAGUCACAGAUAGAUAAAUUUGAAGAAGAGUGAAACGCAUAGACUGUUCACAGUCCUCUAUUUUUUCCGUAAGAUCAUCGAGAUCGAGCGCUUUGCGUUACGGGCUGUCAUCUUGCAUGAGUGUCAAAACUACUUAGGGGGCGGGGGCGGGGGCGGUUUGGGAGGAAGAAAUUUUUCUCGCCCCCGCCCCCCGCUAGAGCUAUAAUCCCCGACGCCUGUACCCUCGGUACAUUUGAAAAUCAAGAUAGCCGUGACGGUAAGACGCGGUAUAUCUGAACGAUCUCACGAAAAAAUAGGGGACUGUGAACAGUCUAUGAAACACAUUGCAGUUGGAAUUUUUGAAAACUGUUCGGACUGGCAAUUGUUUGUACCAUUGACUGAAUUGUAAUGCUGGGGAGACGUUUGUUGUCAUUUAGAAGUAAUUUUUUACGUUAACGUUAAGUUCCAUAGCAUUUAGUUUUGCGUAAUUAUAUAUUGAACUAGUUUUCUUCUCAAGCAACUUCUAUUGUAAUGCUUACACUGACCGUGAGGAGUCUGAGCCCGGUCUCUCCCCAUUCUCCCACUCGUUCUCGAAAACGGGACAGUGAAGCCUGCGGAGGAGGAUUAUAAUGAACCUCUAAUGUUGACUUGAUUUCAGAAGUGGUUAAUCUACCGCAAGAGAAAGUAGAGAGGGGAAUUGCAGAUGGCACCUUUGUAGACUCCGCUUGGAAGGGCCAUCAACUUGCUUGCACUACAAUGGCGUCAAUCAAGCAAGUCACAGACAAACACUCUUUGUUAGAUGUCAGUCCAUCUGCAGUAGAACGCCUGCACGCUUUACAAGUCUAUCCUAUUAUACUGUUUGUUAAGUUCAAAUCUCCUAAACACAUCAGGUUCGUACAAACGAAGAACUUACUUUUAGUAGUUGACAGUCGAAGAACGUUCAACUGUUUGCUCCAAUUUGAAUUUGAUCUUGGCGUUUUUUCUAUGAAAGUGCGACCAGGCUCACUUGUGCUAGUUCGGGGAAAAUUUUGGCGGCGGAGCUGCCAUCACGCGAGGAAAACUUUUCCCCGACGUAGCACAAGUAAGCCCGCUUGCAGGCUAGGCUUAAAAUAAAUGUCCCGCAUUCGCUGAAGUUGUUGUAAUUUAUGGAUUAUUGCCUAACAUUGUCGGGUUUUUAGAUCACAUCUGUAUGGGUAUGCGCCGAGUAAUUAUUAUUUGAAUUAAAGGUGUGUCUCGAAAAUUAGCCACCUUCAGCUAUUUGGAACUGGUCGCCCUGGGGAGACAUUAUUUCUUUGUUCUGAAGCUGCGUUUUGUCAUGUAGACGGUAAUUUCCUUGAUAGCGUUGACCCCCUUAGCGAGAAUAGUUGGUAAAACUAAAUAGAAUGGACAAAAUUACGAUGACUUCGUCCCUUUAACAGUGAAAACGAAAGCAUUUGGUUUGUAGAGUAGCUAGCUUGAUACUCAGACUGUUUGCGGUUGCUCGCUCCAAAUCCAUUGUCGCGCUAAAGGAAAGUGUGCGCAGUCUAGGGAUUAAUUCGAGAGAUAUGUAGCCUUUAACCUGCGAUUAGGCGUUCUCCUUUUUUGUGGGAGAGCACGAACGUCAGCGGACGGGAACAGGAAAAAAAAACAAAGAAAAAGGGAAGAAGCACCCUUCCCCCUCCCGAGUGCAGGUUAUGCACCUUUGUCCCCCCCGAGUGCAGGUUACAUACAUACAUACAUACACCUUUGUCACUCCUAUCCUUAUCUUACCUAGUCCCUAGGCCUCAUUAUUCCGCGCGGCCUUGGGUCACGUGGUCCGAGCGAACCGGUCGUCGUGGCUACGUCACCGAAAUGCAUUGACCAAUAAAGCCUGGGAAGACGCCGCACAAGGACAAGGCUAAUCCUUAUCAUAGGCUCAAUAUGCAAACUUUACUCUCACCGUGACUCUUUUUUUCCUGACAGGGAUCAGAAAGAUGGAAGAUACAUCAGAGAAAAGAUCAGUCUCAGACGUGCCAAAGAAUUAUUUGAAUCUUCCGCAAAACUGGAACGAGAAUAUAAACACUUCUUUAAUGGUAAGGCCAGUAGUGUACUGUGGUGUUAAGCGAUGUUACGCGUUGUACCACCUUCGUUCAAACCUGUCUUGCUGAAAAACAAUUUUGUCUUGGGCCGGUUAGAAGCGCAACAUAUACAAAUUGUAUUGGCAAAAGUAGAAAUACUCCACGUUCUGUAACAACUUUUUGCAACCUGCAACCUGAUUUGUUGCAAGACAAGUUUGAUUCGUGGGUGGUACAACGUGCAACAUCGCUAUUGAACUCAUUUUGCAGCAAUGUUACAAAACAAGUCGCUCGUUGUUGUCGCCCCUUUUACCGUAAUUUUAGUUAACAGCGGAUUCCCAAUUUUUCAAAACUCACUGGAAAAAAAUAUCUUGUUUAAGUACGCUGUUGACUGCGGGAGCUAAACGAGUAUUUGCUCAAAUGGUUACUUUGGAGGUUGAUAAAUCGCCGCUUGGAAAAACAGGAAUUUUCACUGUAUAGUCAUGUUUUUACGCUUUUGUUUUUAAGUGUACAUAUUUUAUUUUAAAAAGGGUUGACUUGCCUUGUCCCUAGGCCUCAUUAUUGCGCCCGGCCGAUGCGUUUUGGGUCACGUGGUCCGAUCGAGAUUUCAGCCUUUCGUCUCGGAUGCGUCACCGAGAAUACGUUGAUCGAGAAGGCCUGGAAAGACACCGUACAGGGACUAAGCAAGGGGUUGACAGUGACAAUGUUAAUGAUUUCGUUUUCUCUUCAGGUACAGUUCACUGCACUGGCAACCUCAGCAACAUUUGUUCCCAGAUCCAAGAGGUGGUGGACGAGCAGCAGAAAAAGGCAGUCUGGGUUCCACUCAGCAGCGUCUGAAUAGAAUACAGACAUUCUUCUUUCUUUUAUGCACGUUGUAAAAUAUUUGGGGGUGGUUAGAGUAGGGAAGUGUUUUGGGGGUGGGGUUAAGCUAGGAGAAUAUCUAAAUGUUAAAAAGUUCGCUGUAUGCUGAAAGAAUGGGCCAAAAGGAUAGUUCCUGUAUUUUAAUAACACGUGUUAUUAAGCUAAUCUGCGAUGGUAGCCAGGUGCUGUCUUUGCACAUGGGCACUUGAUAGUUAAGGGACAGACUUGGGCAAGAGUAAGGUUUAGGAUAAAUAUGAAGAUUUAUUCAGAUCGGGGAGGGUGUUAGGCGUUGGUGAAUAACACCCUCCGAGAUAUUGUACUAGAGCCGAAUUCAAUAAUUGUUUUAUUAUCAAUUUAAAAUAUUUCCAAGUUCCUUAACAUUCUUACUUCCACGUAGGGUUGUUUAAAACAUUAAUUUACUUGUUUCUCUGCAGUUUCAGAGUGUGAACGGAUGUUUCUUCCUCGUAGCUAUUCCUAAAAAAGCCGGCUACAUUCACUGAGUUCUUUUAGUCACUAAUUCUAAUAUUUCGUCUUCGCGGAGACCUGAACGCUUUCACCAUUUUCUUGAGUUUAGCUCUCAAACCGAAAUAGUUUAGUUUGUGCCGCUGUCUUGUCUCGUCUUGACGUCAGUGGUUUAAUUUGCAAUGUACAAUCAUUGACGUCUUUAAGCCAAUCAGAAACGAGGACGUAUUUUGAAUGAAUAACACCUAUAACAUUAUUUUAAAACUAUCCUAGAACCAAGUCUCAAGGAUAUUUAUCCUCACAGAGGAAACGAGCGGAAUUAAUCCCUUCAACUUAUAGAUUUAAAAAAGAUUGAUAGACGUUUUAGAUUGCGCGCGACCAAGUUUCUUCCUCGCGACCGAGGAAGGAACUCGCGCAGGAAACCUCGCGGCGUUGGCUUAACUUACUGUAAUUGACGAUUGUGUCGUGUUUAGACAUAGAAGAGGCUUAGAACUGUUUAGAUAGUACUUAAAAACUAGGAUUUUCAUAGGGUGACUUUUUGAAUUUAUUGGGUAAUUUUCUAGUGCGGAGUGUCUCUAAGAGAAGCUCUCAUAGAAAACGCUUCCCAUAUUUAGUUUAACACACGCAAGUUAGCGCCCCACCCCACCCCCCGUCGGUCAGAUGUAAAUUUCUUGUAUGUUUCACGCUCUUUUGUACAUUACCUUGCUCCUCUGUCUUGAGUAGUAAAUUAAUUAAUUGUCAAGUUGAAAUGUAAUAUUUAACACACUGGCAUUGCUGUUCAAAAAUCGGUUUGAAAUUUGGUGGCUAGUGAAAGUAGGUUAAAAUAUGUUGUAUACGAGUAAUCUGCAAUCAAGCGCGAUUUUUUUAAUUUAUGUGUCCAUAAAAGCUUGCUUGAUAGAGGUCAGCAAUAAAGUGAGUCUUUGAAUAUGGAUUUAGGUAGAGUUUAUUUUUCUUCAGGAGCAAACUGUAUGUACCACAAAUUAACUGUAGCUCUAACUUGCAAGGG